AUGGCCGUUCCAAUGUCAACCGAGAGUGGCCGACUGCCAGCCAUCGAGGAGGAUUGGUUCAAGCUGGUCCAAGAGCAUGGCCUCAAAAAGAAGACCGUCCAUAGCCCGGACAUCAUGCAGACUGGAUCUAAAAUAACUGUACAGCAGUUUCUUGUUCUUCGAUCCCUCUGGCCAAAACGGAAGGGAAUAGAUGAGAUUCGUCUCCCCGAAGUCCAUUACUCGAAGGCCAAAGAUAGACUCCGGGACUACGGGCGAUUUGAAGCUUAUCUCAGUCAGAUCGAGAAUAAGAGAAGUGACCAGGAACUUGCAGAAUGGGAAGGGCUGGGAGAGUUUGCCCCAGUUAGGGAUUGGCAACUGGAUAUUGAACGCACCGAUGAAGAUGACGAAUCUUCAAAAAUCCUCACUCUGAAUCAUGGGAGCACUGAAUCAGAGUUGUCAUGGGAAGAUUCAAAAGAAGAAUUUUCUUUCGAAGCAUCAAACCCCGAAAGAGUCAUAAGGGUGGCUUUAAUCACGUAUCUGAAGGUUAUUCAGAUAUUCAACCCCGAUACACAGAUAAACUGGAUCGUGGCAGGGAAUAUAUUCACAACAAAAUUCGACUCUGCUUAUAUGGUUGCGCGAACAGACGGUCACUUAUGUUCCAGAGACAGCAAAGAAGUCCUUGCAAUCACCAACACGAAGCCUCGAGUUAGGGAUAGAGCAGAUCCAUCAGCGUAUAUGCAGGAAUCAGCCCUGAUGGCUGGAUGGAUCUUGCACGAUGAAGAGCAUUCUCGAGAAGUACCGCUCUCUUCACGACUCUUAGUUUCCCAGAAUCGAAACGAAAUUUUCUUGACGUUUGCGUCCUACAGCCCCGAAUAUGUCAAAUAUCUGAUGAUGAAAGACCACAGCAAGGGUCCCGGAUUACUCAAAUACUUCAAGCAGAAUCGCAGCAAGGAUCCUGGAUUCCUCACCAUGCAAGAAUAUGGUCCCUGGGAUAUCUACAACCAUGUACAUAUGCGUCACUUGUCAAAGGUUCUAAUGGCUUUCAAUCUGGAAGCUACUGCGAUGAUCAACGAGUCGGCCAGAGAGUGA